AUGGGGACUGUACGAGAUGCUCUGAGAUCUGACAAGCUUUCUCUGGUCUCAGCUGCUGCGGAGGAGGACCACCUGGUAGACCUGCACUCUGCUAAGCACCAGCCCCAACUACUCAGUGGCAAGAGGACCACCAAUGGCUUCCCAUGCAUACAGUCCAGCUCAGCUGGAUUUUGCUCAUUCAACCUGAAAUGCAUAGCAGCUACAAGUCCAUAGAGGUGUGAGCAGUGCCAUAAGGAGCAGGAAACCUUUCCUCCCAGGCUCACCAGCACAGCUGCAGAGGAGCAUCCUGCAGCUAUAAAGCCUGCUGGUUGUUCCUGGCCAGCAGGCAGCCAGGCAUCAGCAGCACCAGCCCUUACCGCAGCAGGAGCCCCCUUGGUGGGGCAAGGGCCAGAGAUGAUGCCAGCCCCCCAGAGUUCCCGGCAGUUUGUGCGAGGCAACCAGGCAAAAACAAGCUCCCUGAUGCAAAGAGAUGAUUCUGCCUUGAAACCUCAGGGGACUGAUGAUCAGCCAGCACUUGAGGUGUUAAAUUAUUCUUCCCCAGAUGACGCUAUCAUGGUUAAUGAAUCUUGUCAUACUUCUCAGGCAAACCUUCUGCAAAGAGGGGAAAGAGACAGGGGAUCAAAAAAAAAUGUUUCUGCUGCAUGUCAGUCAGCCUUGCCAGUGAGGCAAAUUCAAGCUGACCUGGGGAGAGACCUACAGACCAGUUUGGAGGCAAAAAGUGGGACUGCAGACAUGGCACACUUGCAUCCGACAGAUAAAACUGAAGCAGUGCAGAGCACUGAGCCACCAGCCCAGUCUAUCCACAAGAUUCCACAUCCUGUACACAACACGGACCCCAAGCCAGGGAUUCCAGUCCCCACCUGGCUCUCCAAAUUCAAAGAAAUGGGUACAAUGACGGUUCAGCCAGAGAGCAGCUUUACUCAGGAAACUGUAAGCAGGACAUGGCGAGAUGCUGAGGUUCAGGCUGUGGCUACCGUGGAGAGCAAAUCAGCCUCCACCAGUCCCAGCAUCCUUGCUGCCUUCUUAAAGGGGAAUCCUCCUCCAGAGGAGAAGGAAGAACUGCACAUAAUUCACCAAGUUGGUAUGGGGCUGAGCCAGGCCGCACUUACUGACAGUUUAUCCUCACAGCAAAAGGCCCCGUGUUCUCCUGGUAUCACAUCAAAAUCAACUGUUGUUAUGGCUGUGACUGCUUCAGCCCAAACCCAGCCUGUCAAAUUGCCUGGGGUCCCAUCUGACAUGGUGUCUCCAGUGUCACCAGAUAAUGCAAAAACUGUUCUCCCCUUCUCCCCUACAACCAUUAUCUCCCAAGGGACAUGUGUGAGUAAUACUGAAAUGACCAGUGUAGCCCGUGAUGGCAAGGAUGUUGCUCAGGUGCCAGUGGAUGCUCCAGUCCCACCAGAGCCUAUCCCAGUUGAGCAGUUUGCUGUUGACUCCACUAAUCAAACUCCAUCACAGUCUGAGACUGCUGGUGAACCAAGCACCACUUCCCCUGAUGCUGUCACAGGAACUGAAAACAGCAUGCAAGAUCUUGUCCAUGACGUGGGAAGCAGCCAGUUAGCUUUACUUCGUAGCAGAGACAGUGAAGUCAAGCAGAAGGAAGGCCCAGGCAGCUCUGAGACAAAGCCUGUGCAAAGUAAGGGUGUGAGUCAAGGGGAGGCUAUUCCUAAUCAAUCUGUGGUAAAACCAAAGAAGGAAAAUUCAGUGGUGCUUGAUCUUAAAGGAGGGAAGCAUGUUAGCAGCCAGCCUGCUGCUGUCCAUGUAGAGGCAUGCUUGGAGGAUGCAGUUGAGAGGGAGAGCAGAGGCCAGGGAGACACUGGCCAGUCUCAGACAGCUGGUGGCCAGAACCUGAAGGGAGGACUGAUGCCUGAGUUGAGUGUGAGUUCUGCAGGUCUUGCCUUUCCUGUGGCAGCAUUGGCAACUCCCCAGCAGCAAGGCCUCCAGGCCAGGGAGUCCAGGCAUGAGCUUAACACAGCAGUGAUUCCUGCUUCAGCUCAGGCCUUGCUGAACCUGGGGGAAAACAAAAAGCAGCCCACUCCAGUGAUGGAGGCAAAAGUACAGGUGAAGCAGUCAAAACACAUCAGGGAUGUUGUUUGGGAUGAGCAGGGAAUGACGUGGGAGGUUUACGGUGCUUCCCUCGAUCCAGAGUCCCUUGGAAUUGCCAUCCAGAACCACUUACAGAGACAAAUACGGGAACAUGAGAAACUGAUCCAGGCCCGGAACAGUCAGACCCGGAAAUCCAUUUCCUCAGAUACAUCCUCAAAUAAAAAACUGAAAGGAAGGCAGCACAGCAUGUUCCAGUCCAUGCUGCAGAAUUUUAGGCGUCCUAAUUGCUGCAUCCGACCUGCUCCUUCUUCUGUGUUAGACUGA